AUCCGGGUAACUUGACGUGGCGUCGCUGUCUGCCCUGGGCAGAGAAACCUCGGCUGUUGCUUGUUUAGAGAGAGAGAGACUGUUUAUUCCAGACCCUGGACUUCUUUAAGGACUGACCUGAUACCUUCAGUUUUAAUAUCCCCUCUCCUCGCUGAAUCACUCACAGGACCAGGACCAUGAAUGGGAAGUCCACGAACGGGUCUCUGGGAGGAAUGGCCUGCAUCGAGGGUCUGCCCCCGCUGCCGAAGAGCCUGAGCGGCUUGCUGAACUCGAGCGGCGGGUCCUGGAGAGAAAUGGAGAGGAUGUACGUGAAGAAGACCAUGAUCCAGGACGACCUGAGCCGGGGCCGGAACCACAACGACAACCUGCUGGCCAACAAGCCGGCCAACCUGGACGCUGCCCUGGCUCUGCUGAGGAAAGAGAUGGUGGGUUUGCGUCAGCAGGACAUGUCCCUGCUGUGCCAGCUGUGGUCGCUCCACGAGUCCAUCCAGGAGUACAAGGGCAGCUGCCAGGACCUGAGCGCCGCCUCCAGCCUCAGCAUGAUGGAGAACGGCUACUUCGACGAAGACGACGAGUACUACCCGGACCCCGGCGCCACCCCCACCGGAGAACAGCCUGACGGAGAAGUCGGAGACGGAUCGUCAACGAUGACGAAGAACGGGAGCAGCAUCGGCAAAGACGACAGCUGGGACUCCUUUCACGUCACCAUCUGAGGCCUCGCUCCUUCGCAGAUGAUUGCGUAGUGGUGCAGAGGUUUGGGGUUUUUUUGAAGACUGAGUCGAGCUGGAGGGGAAAGCAGAGUCUGUGGGAACUUUCUCAGCCUCAAGAAGGAAGUGUUUUGUUAGAGGUAGCAGAUUAUGGUAUCUCUGUACCAUAAUAGACUCUAAAAAUAAAGCUCCAACUCCUCCUCAGGUGAAACACACCCCUGCUUGUGCUGCAGAAGGCUUUUUUUUUCUGGAGCUUUAUGGGACUGCAGUGCUUUGACCAGCAAACUCAGGAGUCAAGAUGGACUGAGACUCCUUAUACUCCAAUUUAGGCAAUAUGAAUUUGAUAUCUUUUUAUAAACAGCUUCCCUAUCAAGCUUUUUUGCAACCCAGUUAUCCUUUUUCUUUUUUUUUUUUUACAUAUAAAAAAUCUAUGAACAAAGUUGUAUUAUUUAUUAUAUAAUAUAAAUAACAAAAUAUCACUUUUUCCAGUUCCUCUCUGUGGACGUUUUGGACUGCAGCUCGACCAGGUACAAGAGUGCAGCAUUUACAGGACUCAAAGAGAGUACAGACUUUUUUGGACAUGCCAGAGGAGACAAGAGGAGGGCGUGUGUUUCUUUAAAACACAAGGGACACAAGUCACUGACAUAAAUCAAGAAGAUCUUGACAGGAGGUGGAGAAAGAGGUAAAGUUUCUCUCCCACGUUCACAUUGUGAAACCUCUGGAGAGGAGGAGGAGCGAGGGGAGAUGUGUGCUCUGAAAAUGUGAAAUGUUCAAAAUGCUGGAAACAAUGUUUAUUGUUCAGGCUGACAGACGGUGAGCUUCCCCAAACUUCCAACCCUUUUUGGAAGCAUUGCAGUGACUUUCAUACGACUGUUAUCAGACCGGGUGUACGAGGCCCAGAUGGUUUCUAUCAGGCAACUCAUGCAGCAUAAAUCAACUUGGGCCUUAGUGUAGCAAUACUCUGUAGAUAAUAAAUAUGUAUGCUGAUGUGGCAACAGUGCAAGUCAACAUUUAUUAAGCGCUAAAUUAACAACACUGAUGGGACUAAUUUAGCUCUUCCUCAUAUAACCAGCUUUCAGUAUACUCUAACACGGGACUUCCACUAGAUCCGAGUCCAGUCCGUCUCUCUGAAAACCUCUGACCUGUUGACUCCAGGCGUGGGUCCGCUCAUCAUGACGGUUUGGUCUCUGUUGGUAGGAAUGGUGUAAAAAAAAAAAGUUACCUGUUUUCUGCUAGGUUUGGAGAAAGGUCAUAAUACCCAUCGGUACUCAUCUGUAAGUGAAGUAAUUUGAGAUUAUGGUGAAAUCUCUGAGUUUUCAAAUGCCUAUGUAUCAAGCAAUGUUAUUAUCCCCCUCUUUCCCGUUAUUACAGACCAAUCAGAGCCACUCCCCGACCCUCUGUCCUGAUUGGUCGAGUGGCGGCUCCACUACGUCGCCCUGAUUGGCUGGGAAGCCACUGCUUCCUCAUAGAACGUGCACAACGAUCUUUUGUGGCAUUUGAAAUCUCUCUCUGAACUGAUGUUUAUAUCACGACUACCAACAGCAGCUUUAAUGCAGUUAGCAUUCUUCUUCUUCUGUUACUUAAUGUGGUUAGCUAACAGCUUUAAGAUGCUAUAUAGCCACCGUCUGGCGGGAAUACUGUAUUACAACCAGGCACCGGUAAAAACGAUGAAAAAUUGUACUUUUGAAAUGAUAAAAUAUUCAAAGUAUCUCUUCGAAUUUUACUAAGUGAACGAAUAUUCGAAUACUCGAAAAUCAUUGCCCAUCCCUAGUUAAGUAAAAUACGAUCUGGUGAUAACACAGUCUUUUAUUCUGAAAAUUAACUGGAUGUUUUCCUUUUGUUGUGGCUCCUGACUUCCUGUCCCGCUCCAUCUGCUCUGUUGACAUUGAUGCAUCGUGCUCCGGCAUCCCGGCAUAAAAUGAAGUCUUGCGUCUCUGAUCCGGUCCCGAUCUGGAUCAGAGUCGCAGAUGGAACGCAACAGAGUGGAUCCAGUGGAAGUUAACACAUUGACUAGAAUAGAGUCAGAUCCAGGGACAAAUCAAAGACGGGUCGGACACGGAUCUGGUGGAAGUUGGCCGUUACCAAUUAAGUGUUGCCAGAUUUCAUAAACUGUGACUGACUGCUAACACGUAAUCUCACAUUGUUUGCACUCUGUUGUUGGAUUAAGAUGGAGAGCAUGUUUGGAGAGUUCAGGUUUGGUGGAAGGGAUUUGUUUACCUUGGUCCCUGAAGCCUUCAAACGUUGCCCGCAGAGUAAACACGAAGCUGCAGAAUGAAUACAGGGUACUUUAUACUGCUUUGUAUCCUCAACUGGACUUCUUAUUAGUAAUAGCAUCAGCCUCAAGUCAUACUUCCCAGGCUCAAGACCAGCCUGGAGAUUUGAUAGGAAUAUUAGCAAGCAUUAUUCGUGUUCAACCUGAGCCUCUUCUAAAAUCUGCUGGUUUUGUUUCCACAUCUGUACAGCAGCUGUUACAACAUGACACAAGUCUGUCAACACCACAGAAGAAGAGAGCUUCAGCCACAACCAAAGAAAGUACAGCACUCAAUAUGGUUAAAGGUGCUAAAAUAGACUUAAUCAACUGCUCUUGAAUGGUAACUCUGUGCUACAAAGGUACAUCACUACACCUGGUGUCCUCACGAAUGUCUAAACAAAUCACUCUGCAGGAGUUGUAGACUUACAUAAACAUGUUUUCUCUGUCCUCCUUAAGGAGUGGUAGUUGAUUUGCUUUGCUGUGACAGCUAGUCUUUAAAAAAUACUUUCAGCACAAGGUUAAAUUUCUUUGUUUUUGUAACACCAGAUUCCACAGACUGACAAGUGAGCUUCAUGCGUUGUUUAAAAAACCUCCUGAAGCUGAAAGUAAAGGGUCUGUCAUCACUUUCCAAUCCUUGAUUACAGCAGCGAUCUCAGACAUGACAGGGUUUAACUUUAAAGGAGUAGUGACACAUUCUUGGGCGUUUUUUUGAGCUGUGCAAUGCUACAUGAAAAAUGCCGCCUGUGAUACCAAUGACAUCUGCUUAUCUACAAUAUUAACUUUACUGUAUUUGUAUUCUGAAACAUAUUAAACCCUAUAAUGUAAGGUCAUAAUAUAACAGCAAUAUAUUAACCACCAAGCCAAACAAGCCCUUCAAUUACAAAGACUCUUAAAGCUCCUAUAAGGGAUUUUUGGUUUGUGUCCAUAUUGGCUCCUGCUGUUGUUUUUGUCCUUUCCAUGUGUUAUUAGAGCUUCUUGUUACAAAGAAGUCUCAUGCUGUAUUGAAACGGUCAAAUUCAAAAUCAAAUGUAGACUGGACGUAGUAUCUGUGAUGUCACCCAUCUGUUCCUUGAAUGCAAUUUUGGGCGGUUGCCAUAUUGGAAAUGCUGAACUCAACCUAACUUCUGUUGAGCUAGUGUGAGGUAAAGAGGCGGGCCUUUAGCCUUUUCGCUAACAGCUACAGGGUGCCCGUAUGUCAAUCAAGUCAGCCAUGCCCUUAUUUGGGCAAAACUCAUAAUUUUAAUUUCUUCAAAAAUAAUGAGUUAUGAAAAAAUAGAGAAAUUAGCUACUCAGACCUAAACCGUUUUUGAACCAGGCUAUAAACAUUGAUUUAUGGUGUAAAGAUCAUCUUCUUUGAAUGGAUGUGUAUGUGGCUUCCUGUGUUUCUGCAGCCAGCCUCAAGUGGACGCUGAGGAAGAGGCAAGAGGAACUGCAGUUUUUAGCACUUCUGCAUGGGCUUCUUAUUUUAAGACAGAAGGGACUAUAUAGAAUUAGUCCCUUUUGUUGUUGAUGGUCUUGUUAGCUUUUGUAGGUCAUGAAGGGGCAACAGUGUUAAUUUCAGCCUGUUUCAUAACCAGCUAAAAAUCCCUUACUGGAGCUUUAAAGUCACUGAAACAGCAGGAUUGUUACAGCACAUUUGAGUGAUUAAAAAUAUGCAAAAGUAGGCAAGGCAAGUUUAUUUAUGAAGCACCAUUCAUACAUAGAGCAAUUCAAAGUGCUUUACAGAGUUAAAAACAAAAACCAGACCAGUAACAAUCAACAAAAACAUACAGCAAACACUUCAAACAUUCAAAUGUUAUAUGCGGCCACUUAUGUGUGAUCUACUUUCUCUUUCUCUCUAAAUAGUGUUGGGAAAAGUAGUUCCUAACUUGGUAGAAUCCAAUCUUUUUAAAAACACACCAACAAAUUCAGUCCAGUGGAUAAGCAGAUGUCAGGUGUGUUGUAACCUGAAGUUUUCAGUUGGGAAAGGUGCAGCAUCAUGCAGCUGCAACCCCCAUCCAAGGGUAACAGUUUCCACCAAUCAGCUCCUUUAAAACCCAAAAUAAGAUUUUAUUUCUUCUCCUCAAAAUUACAAAGUUUUACUGGAGUUGGAUGUUCUUCUUUCCCCUGCUCUAAUCUGAGUUACAAUGAACUCUACAAGGUUUGUUCCUCUCUUGAGCACCAUCAAACUCAUAAACACCCCUUUGUUUAACUUGUCCCAUAAUAACCUCUGAUUCAAGUGUUGUAAGUAGAACCAGAAACCCUAAAAAAGACACAACUCCCACUGUCAUAAAGAAUGUUAUUUUUAAGAACAUGUUCGUUUUGUAUCUACGGUGAAACCUGCAUCUGAAUGCUACAAAUAUUCCCAGCCGAAACUGAGCCAGUUAAAAGCAUCCUGUUGCCAAACUUAAAGCACAUUGGAUCAAAAAAUGUGACUGAUUUAAAACCCUUUCAGUAAAAAUAUCCUGACCCCAAACAUUUUUAAUGGAUGUCUUCACAAUUAGUGCCUUUGUAAAGCUCCAGGUGUCAGACCUGAGGCUUAUCGAUGAAGAUGGAGACGAGGAUUUAACACGUUUGACCUGCUUGACAUGCACUUGGUUAUUAAAGCUGCUACAUGCUCAAUUUGCAACUUUCUGGUAUUUCUGUUUGCACUCCUCCAUCAAAGGCAUCUCUGUCGUUUGAUGGAGCGGGAUGCAGCUGUUGGGAGCGGUUAGAUAUCUGAUGCUUCCUCCUCCUGAAACUUGAGCUGCUUCAGGCUCUUUGUUCCAAAAAGAAGCAGUACUCUUCCUGUCUUCUUGGUAGCUGCACACAUCAAACAUUAACCACAACAUACACUAAAAUAACUCCCCCGUUUCCUACACUUAGUCCAUCAAAGUGGAUUUCCUCGUUCCAUGUAGCAGCUUUGACUUCCCACAACUUGUACCAGCCUUAAAAAUCUGUCGUGCUAUUCCAAGCUACACGGUGCACUCUUCACUGUGAGUGUGUUGACUCUUAAUUUUGCACUCGUUUGUGGUCGCUGUGUCGAAUCCUGCAAAACUACAACUACCUGAUCCUCACUGAGCGCACAGCUUCUUACAGGAACACGACUGUAAACGAAUCCAGCACAAGUUUGAAAGGAGUUUAAAUUGAAUACCAGCAACUUGUGAGAAAUAAUGUUUUAAAAAAAGAGUGUUUCUUCUCUUAAUCCCCUUCUUCCUGUGAUUAUUGGAUGUGUAAUACGAUGAUGUCAUCUCAGGGUAAACUUGUGGCUCCUUCACCCUGAACAAAUACUCUUAAAAUAUUCAAACACGAUUGUAAAGCGACACUGUGUGAUUUGGUGUUUUUUAUACUCACAAGAAUACGUGGCCCCGGUUUACACAAGAGCUUGGAGUAAAUUUAAUGGAUGUAUUUGUAUGUUGUUGACCUGUUUUAGUGCAAGAGAAAGCUGCACCAACUUCAAACAAUCACAUGAUGAAAAUUCAGUCAUUGGAAGUAGAAGAAGAUCAGAUUUUUUCUCUAUACAUCAUGUUUUCAUUUAAGCGGUGUCCACUUCAUGCUCCUGCUUUGGCAGAUGAAAUGAGGCACUCAGGAAAGAAAGACGAGGAUGUUGGUGCACCAAAUUAAGACCCUUCAAUACAAAAAGUCCAAAAAACUGAUGAUAUUAACUCACAAAGUGUCAUAUGGGAGAUGUAUUCCUAUAAAUGUUGAUUUAUAUGUCAUCAAAAGGGCUUUUUUUCCCCUUCAAUUUCUGCUUUGUGCCCCAAAAACAAAAACAUUUACCUGUGGGUGUCAUCAGUUUAAAUUUCAACGUGAAUCAAUGAAGUAAACCACAUGACAGCCUUAGAGAUGCUUUAUACUGAAUAUUUUUGCAUUCACAUGCUGAAUAAUGACAUCAUCAGACACCUCUUCCUCUUGAAUUCCUGGCCUCAGCUGUUUGCUUCAUUGCAUUGUAAAAAUUAAAAGUGAAAGACCAGAGGAGUAAACUUCAUUAAAUAACUCAUGUGGAGGUAAAAGUGAUGCUAAAUGUAUUUUGUGUUGCGUUAUAUGCAAAAGUAAAUUAAAGAACCUGAUGCAAGCUGUCAUUUCAUGAGCUCUCUAAUCCAUGAAUCAUCAUACUACUGUUUCUGUGGAUGAUUAAUCUCAAUCCUAUCAUAGUUAUUAUGCUGGUAUGUAUUUAAUAAAGCGAUUUCAAUACUU